AGAAAGAAAGAAAACCCAUUAACAAUUACAUCCUCUGUAAAAAAUGUUAAAGGUACCCUUCCCCAAAAGAACCACCACCUAUAACCAAUCAAACUGCUGUAACUGGGCGCUAACCUUGUAUAAAAAAUGUUGUGAUUCUGCUAAAAACUCCUCUGUCUGCCUAUAGAAAUGAAACCUUAACUUUCCUACUUCUCAAUGCUGACUCCAUUCCUUGGAGUUGGUGUUUCCAGGUGAGUCAUCCUCAAACUUGGCGCUUGAAUAAACUCUUUUAAACUAGAUUCUGAUCCUUUUAAUUAUUUAAGUUGAUAGCAUGAGUGAUCUAAUUUGGCUUUCACAACAAUCCUAUGAAGUAGGUACUAUGAUUACCACGCCCAUUUUACAGAUAAACACACUAAAGCAAUAGAAAGGAAGUUACUUUCCCAUUGCCAAACAGACAGCAAGUGGUACAGGCAGGAUUCGAAUACAGACAACCCAACUGCAGAAUUUAUGCUUCUAACCUCUACACUUUAUAACCUCUAAAUAGGGUUUCAACAGGAUGAGUAUGUAGAUAUAAAUUAAAACCUCCAAAUAUAAUAGAGGCAAAAUGUGUAGCUGGUACUGAAACUAUAACCAUUUUUUGUGCCCUUCUGCAUUUUCCAAAUGUUUUCCAAUAAAUAGCACUUUUAUUAUUAGAAAAAAAAAAAAAGGUUGUUUUUGAAAACCCUCUGCUGACCAGGCACCCUUUCCCAUGUCUGUGUCUCAUUUCCUGCAUUAGUGUUUUUAAGUGGUGAUACAGAGAAAACAGCCAAAAUCUAAAGACAUAGUAAAGACUAAGAGCAUCCAUACCGCUGUGCAGUAUAAACUCUCAUAAAGGUUCCAACUGCUUUACAAUUUUUAAUAGUUCUGAACAAGUGCUAUAAAUAGUAGAUGUUUAUUGACCAAUUUUUGUUCCAGAGAACAUAUAUAGCAGGAUAGAAACAAAAAGUAAACCUCUUCCAUAUGUGCCUGUAGACUUUAGUGGCUGUUAAUACAUUGAUUUAUUUGGUAAAAAGGAACCUUUUUCAAAAUUAUAUAUUGCAAUUGUUGCAGCAUUUUAUUAACGAGAAAAACUAUAACAUUAAAUACGUUGCCAAGUAAAACUCUAAAAAACACUUGGCAUGAUCACAGCUCAGAGCAGCCUCAAGAACUGAUUUUAUUAAAUGCAUUAAAUACUGAAAAUAGAUAUGCAUAAUACUAUGUACCAUAUGGGACUAAAUAAAUUAUGACUUAUGAUUUCUUUUAUUUAGUGAAAUGCUAUGGGGUCUGUAUGUUAACCAAUGUUAGAGGACUAGGUGAUUCAUGUCAGUGGAAAUGUAUUAUUAACAAUGGUUAUAAACCUCUGGGAAAAAACCUCUGCCAACCAUUUUCAAAACAAUUUUUAAAAAUCAACAAUCAUUUGGUAAAACAGUAAAUUAUGAAAGAAAAGAAAUACACAAAAAACGGUUUUCUUUCCCUUUUGUCUCAAGGGUAGUUCUUCCUUCAAGCUGAAAUGAAUAUGGUUAAAAAUCAUUUAGGUCCAGGCUUCUUUAAUCACAAAGCCUGCUUAUUUGGCAGUUUCUCAAGUUACUCCCUCAGGCAGCUUGAACCAGUUAAACUAGAUCCUUUCAGCUCUUCAGAGCUUAUUGACAACCAGCCGUCUGGUUUCCUAGGAAACAAAACCUUGGCUAGAAAUAGUGAAUCAUUUCCAGGUCACUUUCAACAUGGAGAGUGGAGCAGGAAAGCACUGGACUGAGGAGGAGGUUAAAGCUUUGCUAAGUGUCUGGGCAGAAAAAAAUAUACGAAAACAACUUUAUGGAACACUAAGAAAUAAAGGAAUAUUUAUUUACAUUGCUAAAAGGCUGCAAUCAUUAGGAGUAUACAGAGACUGGAAACAGUGCCGGGCUAAGUACAAAAAUCUCAAAUAUGAAUACAGAACAGUUAAAUAUGCCCAUAACUCUGGAGACAGCUCUAAAACUAUGAAGUUCUUCCACGAUUUGGAUGUAAUCCUGCAGUAUGAACCUGCCACACAAUUUACAGAGGAAGAUGCAAAUGGCAGGUACCUGGAAACGCUCAGCCCAAGUACAGCCCCAGAGACCACUGAAGGUAAAAUGUCAAUUGCAUCAGAAGAUAAGGAAGAUGUCUCAGGAAAUCCUUUACUUCUGGUUUCUCAUGUCAGACCAAUGGAACUAGGUAUCUCUACGUCAGUAUUGGAACCCUCUAAUAAUACAACUUUUAUCCCAACUGUAGCAAAUGAAGGAGGAAAGCACUGGACUGUGACAGAAGUCAGGGCUCUAAUAGACAUCUGGUCUGAUAAAAGCAUACAACGACAACUAGAGGGAACAGUGAGAAAUAAGAGGAUAUUUGAACAAAUUGCGGCCAAGCUUCAGAAAUUUGGAAUAGAGAGAGACUGGAAACAAUGCAGAACAAAGUACAAAAACCUAAAACAUGAAUACAAGAUCGUAAGAACAGCUCAAGAUCUAGGCAUGACUAAGAGUAUGAAAUUUUUUACUGAGUUGGAUGCUAUUCUGGGACCCAAUAAAACAGAAAAAUCACGAGACCAGGAGUCCCAAGAUGGAGAACAUGUCACAGAAUGUGCCAACGUAAAAAUGGGAGAGGACCAGACAGAAUUAUUUGAAGGUCAUAACAAAAGCCAAGGAACUUUGAGCUUCAAGAGAAAAGCACAUGAAGAUGAACCAGUGUCUAAAUCUCUUAAGAAAAGUGCUCCUGAGAUCAUUACAAAUCAGUUUCCUCAAAGCAUAAUAACAGAACCAAAAGAUGCUACAGAAUGUUUCUGCAGACAGGAAACCCAACUUCAUCAGGUAAAUCUUAUAAAUUUUUAGAAGUAGUAUGAAAAUGUUUGUCAUUGUAAGGUUCAAUUCCUAACCUGGAGAAUUGAUAAUUCACUGAAGGGAAGGGCAUGGUUAUCUCCUAACUAAUCAAGGAAAGGCUAACUAGCUGAUUCAUGGGAUAAAUCUACAGAUGUUUACUAAUUCCUUUUAUGAAAUCUUCAAAUAUGUCCAGGCCAUUCUAGUCUCCAUAAAAUGUGACUGUGUUUUAAAGAUGAAAAUGUUUAUUCUAAGAAGGGGUGUCUGGUUUGUUCAGAACUCCGUAAGCUACUGAAAUGAUUUUUUCAGGACCAAACCAGCAUUUGGUGAUUAUAUGAAUCAGGCAUGAACAUACCCAUACACAUGCACGCACAGUUUACAGCUAAGAGGACAUUUGAAAAUUCCCCUACAGAAAGCAGAGCUACGGAAUAAGUCUGAAGAUAGCGAGCACUACUAAAAAGGGGGGGAGUACAUCUGGAUGAACCCAUCUGGGUUAAAUAUCCAGUGCAUGACUGACUUAACUAAUUGAUACUCUAUUUAUUUUUAUAUGAAAUGGGUAAUAUACCUUCCAGGUAUUCUGUUAACCCCAGGACUAAAUGUUUCCGAUUAGAUUAUGCACAAGACAAAAAACUGAACCAAAUACAAAGCAAAAGUUACAGAAAUCUCACCUUCUAGAUUCCAUCUUCUUAAAGAUAAGGUUGGCCAGGCAUGGUGGCUCACACCUGUAAUCUCAGCACUUUGGGAGGCUGAGGCGAGUGGAUCACUU